GUUUGGGACCUUGAUUGCACACAGCCCCGUCGCCCUUCUUUUACCUCCGCCCUUCCACCAAUUCCUACACCUCGACAUCCACUUUCUCAUCACUCAUCCUCACCAACACAUCAACCAUCCACACGAACAUCAUCAACAAUGGCUCGUACCAAGCAAACUGCCCGCAAGUCGACUGGUGGCAAGGCCCCUCGCAAGCAGCUCGCCUCCAAGGCCGCUCGCAAGUCCGCACCAUCCACCGGAGGUGUCAAGAAGCCUCACAGAUACAAGCCCGGUACCGUCGCUCUCCGUGAGAUCCGUCGCUACCAAAAGUCGACCGAGCUCCUCAUCCGCAAGCUGCCCUUCCAGCGCUUGGUCCGUGAGAUCGCCCAGGACUUCAAGUCCGAUCUCCGCUUCCAGAGCUCUGCCAUCGGCGCUCUCCAGGAGUCCGUCGAGGCCUACCUCGUCUCCCUCUUCGAGGACACCAACCUGUGCGCCAUCCACGCCAAGCGUGUCACCAUCCAGAGCAAGGACAUCCAGCUUGCCCGCCGUCUCCGAGGCGAGCGCUCUUAAGCGACAACAACGGUCCUUCACAUCAUCUCUCCAACACGACUUCAUGAGUAACCACCUCGACCUCUCUCGGCACAGAUUGUCGGUGUGAUGGGCGGUGGAUUCUUGGGAUGCUGGCUCUUUCUCACAAUUUCAACGGCGUUACAAUGGGGCUUUCACACAAUUGAUUGCAUGGGCUGAAUGGGUUUCGAGAUAUCACAACGGUGCACCAAGGUGGAAGGGUAGCACAACAUGCAAUGUAUCAUAAUGACAAUGGUGCAAAGGCGAAAGCCGCUGAUCAAACUUC